GCAUUUUCCUAGUGGCUAAGAAUGCUGAACAUUUUUCAUAAUUUAAUAGACAUUUGUAAUCCUUCUUUUGAGAGCUAUCUGUUCAAGUUAUUAAUCUGAUAAUCUUUUAGUGGUUAAUUUCUUGAGUCUUUGAUACAUUCUAGAUAUUAAUCCCCAGUGUAGAUUUUCUCCUGCUUUCUUUGCUCUGCAAGAGCUUUUUAAUUUCACACAAUCUCAUUUGUUAAUUCCUGAGCCAGUGACGUCAUUACCCGAAUCUGUAGCUUCAACUGCUUUUCUUUACUCAUUUCAAGAUUUCAGGUCUUACGGAGUGACCUUUAGACAGGACCAACUCAUUCUUCUGCAUGUGGAUAUCAGUUUUCCAACACUAUGUGUCUUUUUGCCAAUAUGUUUUGGGCACUUUUAAAGUUGAAAAUCAGCGGGUUGUGGCUGUGUGGUUUACUUCCGGGUCCCCUCUUCUGUCCCAUUAGUCUACAGGACUGUUUUUGUGGCAGCCAUGCCAUUUUGGUUUGUGAGAUUUUGUUACCGACACGGUAAAAAAACAAAACAAGACAACAACAACAAAAAAACACCUUAGUUUAUCAAUUGACGUCAUUUGUAUUAUUUAGAUACUUUCGUGCUAGUUUUUGUUUUGUUUUGUGGUUUAAAUUGCAAUUUGAAUAUAAUCAUGCAUAACUGCUAACGCUGAAUAAAUCUAGAGAGCAGGAUGUAUUCAUGAGAUAUGGAUAUCCUGUUUUUUCCUCCAUUCUCUCCUUCUGCUAAGUAAUCAGUUUAGUGUUUAUUCUCCUGUAAUUUCUAUGUGAAAUGUAAUUAAAUGUGCAUACCUGUCAAAACAACACCCAUGUAUGUUCUCCCAUACUUUUAACAAGUUUCUCACAUCUGUAACUUCUCAUAAGAGAAACAGAAGUUUAUGUCAAAGUGACAUUGCAUGGCCAUUGUGGCCUGUUGGGUGCCUUCGGGUAGGAAGGGAACAGGCGCAGUUUCUGAACAGGGGAACUAUGGCACACCAUCACCAGUUCAGUUCUGGUCACACACUUGGUAUCUGUAUCAAAUUUGAUCUUUAACGUGUUUUCCGCGGCUAAAGGAACGUCUCCAGAGAAGACGGCCACAAGACAAUUACUAACCUGAAGCUGCUGCCUGUGGCCUCUAGGGGGAAUGUCUGGUAACCAUAUGCUGCUUGUGAACUUGGCUAUGGUGAUAGUCUGGGUUUGCCUGAGUCCAAGAAAACUCCGGGGGAUCGGGGUCAGGGAAGAGGAGAUUCCCAGUCAUUUGACAGAGAAGCAAAUGACCAGACAAGUCUUUUUGCCCACACUGUCAUUUGGAGGACCCACUCAGCACAUUUAUGAAGCACCUUUGCUUUGAUUAAAGGACAAGAAAACACAAAGGAAAUUUUAAAAAGUAGAGAGAAAGUGAGGCAAACCGUCAUUUUCCCCAAGUAUAAAAUGAAGUGCUGCUGAACAUGGGGGUGCAUAUCUGUAAUCCCAGAAAUUAAAUAGCCGAGGCAGGAGGAUUGCUAAAAGUAAAAGGCCAGCUUGGGUCAAAUACUGUGCCACUUAGGGCUACAUAGCAAGACUUUGUCUCAAAAAGCUAUAACAAAUCAAAUGCUUCUCAGAAUGUGCUGAAUCGGCUCAAGUAUUGGCAGCCCCUAAGAGGGACAGACAUACAGCUUGUGUCUUUCACUCUCUGCCAUCUAGGAAAACAACUGUCAAAGUGGGCAGGCAGGUGGCACAAUUUCCGCAUGUACACAGGCACACAACACUCACACUCCAGGCUUCCCUGAACACAUCGUGGCUAUCCCUUGGCACACAGCACAAUCAGUAAAUACCUCUGAAACGGAUGGAUGAGCAUGAUAUCUAUCCUGAUAUCCACACGGAAAGGAGCCAGAAACUUGGCCACCACAAAAAGAUCUAUUCCAGAGGGAUGUCGAGUGGCCUUUUCCGUGGUUGGUGUUCUGAGCACAAGGCUCAUGAUGCUUUGUGUCUGAAGGGUAGCUGCGGCGCUGGUACAGUUGUGAGCAAGCCCUUUAUGAGGUCAUCAUCCUGCUCCUUCCAGAACCCCCCAAUGGGGAGAUGUAAGCCACUUGGGGAGCCCCAUGGCUCGCUUGACAAACUCUCUUCUGAAGAACAUUGUCAUCAGAACUCAAUUUGACAGCGUCAGGAGGAAACAGUGUCUCCAGUAUCUGAACACUCUGAGGACUCUGCAAUAUGAUGGAUAUAAGACUGUGUAUUUUGGGGAAACUGAGAUCCCAGAAACUCUUGUCACUGGGGAAGAUUUUAGUGAUAGCUAUUACAUGAACACUCCAACCUGGUGUAUUCUGCAUGCCGGAGGCAGUCAAGGGUGGGUGCCUUGGAAAUACCGGAUGUUCUUAAGAGACGACCUGUGCAUCAAACCGGAAGACAGCCUCUUCUUUGAGUUCUGUGACGUUGUGAAGAAGGCCUACGGGAAGUGCGCCAUCGUGGUCAAAGGACGGAGGCAACAAGACGAGAUGAAACCAAAGGCCGACAAGGAGGGGGGCGCCCAGGCCUGUGCCCCAGCAAGCAUUAACCUAACCAGCAUCGUGUGUUCUCCGGGAGUGGCCAAGUCCUAUGGCCAUGAACUAAUCUCUCUGCCCUCCCUCUAUAACUACCUGAACCCCUUAGACUCUGCCUGGUCUUCUAUGAAAUGGUUCAUCAUCAACAACAGGAAAGAGUUUUGUCUGCAGUCUGUCGACAACGUCUACGCGUACCAGUACAUACUUUUCAGCGACUUAAUUAGCAAAGGGAUCGAAAAGGUCAGCCUGAGCAAGUGGAAGGCCCUGACCAGCAAAGUGCGGAGGUGGGAGAAUUACUAUCUGGGGAAGUUUUCCUAAGGGCGUCUCCUCCACGAAGAGACCAGCCGGAUGCUCUUUACUGCUGACUGUGGAGUUUGAUUCUGGCCCUCGGUCACCACAGACACCUCAGGAGUAAACUCACAGGAAUGUUGCCUGGACUAAGAGGUUCCUGGGGGUGCUGGCAAGAUCCUGUGGUUCCCAGAGGCGCCAUUAAAGUUUGUUGAUAGUUACA